AUGCCUUUCACCACUUCCGUAGCAGGUCCUUCUAGAAUCCCAUUCCAAGCCGUAUCCAAAACAUGUCGACGUACCAUCGCUCGAAGGCAUGCCUCGACAGCUGCCGGAGAGGAACGUCAACCUCCAAGGAAGGUGUCCAGUAACAUCUUCUUUGCCGAUUGGAUCAAAUCCGAAGGAUCACAGUAUCGUGAGCCUGUAAAAGGUCAAAAGGCGAAAUGGCUGGGUGACAAGGUGCCAUAUAGCAGUAACCCAACUUUCCGACCUCCUCCACCUCUUUCCGAUUACACGCAGAAUCAGGUGUAUGCCGAAUUGAGACGAGGACGAAAAGUUGCUGAGCUUGCUGAGAAACACAAUAUCAGUAAAGCUAGAGUCGAAGCUAUUCGAAAGCUGAAAGAUAUUGAGGAAGAGUUCAAACGAAGAUCUAUACCUUUGCAGACUGCUUUCCAGCAAGGUAUGGAGCCUUUGCUCGGUGUCCAGACUCCUAUAAACCCUUCGACGAAAGAGCAUGAUGCUGCUCGAGCACGACAGAUCGACUUAGCCCACGACUCUCAUCCCAGUACGAGUGCCGAACGAUUGGAAGAGCAAAGAUGGGAUUCGGGUGUAGGUCAAGAAGGUUCUUUUGGCAGUCGAACGAGGGAAAACAGCUCGAAAGGUGUGGAACGAACUGCUUGGGAAUUCAGGGAUGAAGAGAGGGAUUUGGAGGAUAGAAGGGUUUUAGAACAAAAAGAAGAAGAAUUGAAGAAAGAUCCUGCUCAUCAUGGUGUCGUACAUGAAGUACUUCAACGAGAAGUUAUGACUGCUACAUUGUUCCCUACACCCGUCACGGAACAAGCUGCCGGAAAGAAGGAGAAGGAUGCUACUAAAGCGAAAGAGCUGCAGGUGAAGAGGGCUCAAGUAGAGGGUGUCACUAUUGGAGAUAUACAUUUUGUAGAUACUUCCUCCACUAAGGAGUUUGGCAGUGAUAGUAGAGGUGCCAAGUUGAGGGAGAAGAGACACAGAAGGAAAGAAGCUAAGAAAGUAAAGUCAACCCAGUAG